AUGGAGAACGCACGUCGACGACUCGUGAGCGUGGCCGCGUCUCGAGCGCGUCACGCGGAGCCGAUGAGACGAUUGGAUUUUUUUGAAUCUUCAACAGCUCACAGAGCCUUCGCAUCGUCGAGCGCGUCGAGCAGCGACGCGGGGGCGGAUUCGAGGGCGCGAAUGUCGUCUAUGAUGGAAUUUGCGUCGAAACCCACGGCGACGGUGCGUGGAAAGGCGCGAGAGGCCAGGGAGGCGGUGUCGAGGUGGCGGGCCGAGGCGAGCGCGCGCGCGAGAGAGUCAAGCGAACGCGUCAUCGGGAAGCGAGCGACGGAGUUUUUGUGGACUGCGAGCACGUUGAACCCCGUAGUGGUGAAGAGAGCGAUCGAACAGCGCGCGGUGAGCGCGGUCGCGACGCAUUGGCGAGCGGUGGAGGCGUUCAGUGCGGUGGCGUGCGGGACGGCGAUGUGGCGAGGCGCGCGGGCGUUUAAGAAGGACGUCAUGGGCGUGCCGUGUGAUUCGGUAUUAUUCGAUGUUGCGUACGGCGAUGGAUCCAUGCUUGGUGGAUCGCUCCUGCUCGCGGGGGCGGGGGCUUACGCGCUGCGGCAGCGGUGGAAGUUGGACAUCGACCACUGCGUUACAAUGGCGAUGAAGCGACUCGAUGGGCACAGCGGUGUUCGAGAGCUUCUCGGUGGACCCGUCACCGCGAGCGCGGCGCGGGUGGUGGUGACCUCUGGUGGGGGAUUAGCGUUGUUCAAGCGCACCACCUCGAGAUUCUUCGGCGCGGUGACGCUUCCGGUGAGCGUCGAUUCAAAGUGGGCGCACGUGGUUUUCGAACUGCGAGGGACGCGAAAGCGUGGUGUCGUCAGCUUCGGCGCGCGAAAGUGGGGCGGUGAAUACGCGCUACCAAUCUUAUCGCUCGAGUUGGACAGUCGAAACGGUGAGACAUAUCGUUUAUUCUUGGAGGGAGGAUCCAGCGAAUUCGAGGCGAGCGUGUUGCCAUCCUUGCGUGCGCCGCUCGAGGCGACGACGAUCAAUGAAGAAUUCAAGCGCACGAAAACACUCGCGGAUGAGCGCGCCGCUGCAACCGCCGCCGCACUUGUAGCCGAGCGGAGAGCGGCAUCGUCGCCGAAACCUCUCGAUGAGGGCGGCGGAAUGUACGCGCACGAACGAGUGAUGGACGCGUUCGGCAAGACGAUGCACUUCUUGCGUACAUCCGUAGCGCGAUACGCCAAAGCGAGCAAGAACUAG